GUAGAAGAACUGAGAGAUCAGAGUGUACAUGUUGACAUUUAGCUAUGAAUGAAGAUCAGGCAUUUCUAAACUCAUGAAAUACUGAAUGGGACUUAGAGUGAUUGUUACAAUGGAAGAAAUUGGAAAUUUCAAGACACCAAGCAAAUUAUCUGAGAAAAGGAAAUCUGUACUAUGUUUAACUCCAUGUGUAAAUAUCCCUGCCUCUCCAUUUAUGCAAAAGCUUGGCUUCGGGACCGGGGUAAAUGUUUACUUAAUGAAGAGAUCUCCGAGAGGUUUGUCUCAUUCUCCUUGGGCUGUGAAAAAGAUAAAUCCUAUCUGCAAUGAACAUUAUCGAACUAUAUAUCAGAAGAGACUAACUGAUGAAGCUAAGAUUUUGAAAAGCCUUCAUCACCCAAACAUUGUGGGUUAUCGUGCCUUCACUGAAGCCAGCGACGGUAGCCUGUGCCUUGCUAUGGAGUAUGGAGGGGACAAGUCUCUCAAUGACUUAAUAGAAGAGCGAAACAAAGACAGCAGAACUCCUUUCCCAGCAGCUGUCAUUUUAAAAGUUGCUUUGAACAUGGCAAGAGGGCUAAAGUAUCUGCACCAAGAAAAGAAGCUGUUACAUGGAGACAUCAAGUCUUCCAAUGUUGUAAUUAAAGGUGAUUUUGAAACAGUUAAGAUCUGUGAUGUAGGUGUCUCUCUACCAUUGGAUGAAAAUAUGACUGUGACUGAUCCUGAGGCCUGUUACAUUGGUACUGAGCCAUGGAAACCCAAGGAAGCUUUGGAGGAGAAUGGCAUCAUUACUGACAAGGCAGACAUAUUUGCCUUUGGCCUUACUCUGUGGGAAAUGAUGACUUUAUCUAUUCCACAUAUUAAUCUCCCAGAUGAUGAUGAUGAUGAAGAUAAAACUUUUGAUGAAAGUGACUUCGAUGAUGAAGCCUACUAUGCAGCUUUGGGAACCAGGCCACCUAUUAAUAUGGAAGAGCUGGAUGAAUCAUACCAGAAAGUAAUUGAGCUCUUCUCUGUGUGCACUAAUGAAGAGCCUACAGAUCGUCCUUCUGCUGCACACAUUGUUGAAGCUUUGGAACUAGAUGACCAGUGAUCAUGUUCACAGUGACCUCAGCCUGAAGCGUGGCUUGUGUAUGUAACUGUUUUCUUUGCUCUGAUUUGUUUAUGUAGUUCCUGUGACCUGCAGUUAUUAGACUAUCUGAAAGUGGCCUAUUUUAGCACCAUAUUUU